CUCUCGGCAAACAGACGUAUUCGUUUUUCAGUAUAAACAUGGCGGUCGAGGCGAGAGCUUUAGCCGCCAGCGAGGCGUUCGCUUCUCGGACAGCUGGACGGUCGUUGUCGUCCUCGACUGCAAUCGUGAUCGAGUUCGAAGAGUCGAGAGCGCGCCAUAACUGCGAGUUCGCGAGUGCGUAAGUAGUCGUCGGCUCGCGACUGCUCCGAUUCUGUGCUUCCUCUGCCUGUCGUCGCUCGGUCGGUGUUGUGUGUGGUGCUUGCUGAUCGUCGAUAGCUCAUUAUUUGCACGCGUGCUUUCCACUGGACCUGAGUACUGCGUUAUACUAAGCCUCCCCCCGUCGUCGUCGUCGUUUGCUCCGCGUAUACCCAAUUCGUCGCUGUUUCAUGGGCGCGAGCCAUAAGCCUGGAGGAUCAUGCACCUCUACUUCGAAAGGAAUCCCAACGCCAAGUGCGACUGCAACAUACUGUCGCUCAGCUGGAUGGGCAAAUUGCCGGACGAGCUUCAAGAGGACGAGAGCUGGAAGCUGUACCGGCGCAAGUACUACCAGGAGGGCUGGCUGGCCACGGGCAACGCACGAGGUCUCGUCGGCGUGACCUUCACCACGUCGCACUGUCGCGCCAAGGCGCAAGAGCUUCCGCUUCGAGCCAAUUACAAUUUGCGCGGUCACAGGAGCGAGGUGAUACUGGUGAAAUGGAACGAACCGUACCAGAAGCUCGCCUCGUGCGACAGCACGGGGGUGAUCUUCGUCUGGAUAAAGUACGACGGGCGAUGGAGCAUCGAGCUGAUCAACGAUCGCAGCACUCCGGUGACGUACUUCUCUUGGUCGCACGACGGCCGCAUGGCUCUCAUUUGCUACCGGGACGGCUUCGUGUUGGUCGGCAGCGUGGCGGGCCAGCGCUACUGGUCGUCGAUGCUCAAUCACAAGGCCGUGAUAACGUGCGGCAUCUGGACGCCGGACGACCAGCAGGUGUACUUCGGCACGACGGCGGGCCAGCUCAUAGUCAUGGACGUGCACGGCGCCAUGGUCUCGGAGGUUCAGCUGGGCGCCGGGGUGACGUCCAUGUCCUGGUCGGCUGAGAAGUUCAAGCUCGAGGAGGACGAGGACGACGAGAACAACGACGAGGACGACCGAGACGACGAUGAUCGCGACGACGACGAGGAUCAGCUGCCACCGCCGCCGGAGCCGUCGAAUCACCCGCAGCAACAGCAGCAGCAAUCCCAAGACUCGACGGCUUCCAACGGCAACUCGACUGCCAACGACCCGCGCAAUUACGUGCUGGCGGUCUGUCUGGCCGAUGGCAACGUCGUGCUGCUGCACUCGUUCGACGACGUGUCGCCCGUGACGAUUCGCACCGGACUGAGGCCGCCGCUGCAGGCCGAGUGGAGCAACUCUCGCAAGAUCCUGGCCGUGGCCGGCAUCAAGGAGCAGGAGCCGCUCAACAAUUGCCACAACAACAACUGCUACGAGUACACGAACCUGCUCAAGUUUUACUCGGACACGGGCGUGCUCAUCUACACGAUCGUCAUCCCCUACACGCAGAGUCCGGUUACCGCCAUGACAUGGGGUCACAAUGACAGAAGACUAUUCGUGGCCACCGGAGCGCACGUUCACGCCGCUUGGGUUUCCAGGGGCGUCGGCUCGUUGCAAUUGCUCUCGAGACUCGCGCUCAAAGCUGCCCUCACCAAGGAGUCGAGCGUGCAACAGCUGCCUCUGCCGCUCCGUCUGAAGACCCUCGUAUCUGGACUGUUUUCCAGCACCAUUCGUUGCUGCAUCCCGGAGACGAGGGAAUUGCGUCGAUUCGUGUCGCGACCGCCGCCGCUGGGCGGCCGACUGCACUGCACGAUGCUGCGCAACGCCGGCGAGCCACCGCACAGCUACACGCUCUACGUGGAGUACCUCGGCGGUCUGGUGCCUCUGCUCAAAGGCCGCCGCAUCAGCAAGAUCAGGCCCGAGUUCGUGAUCUUCGAUCCGGAAAACGGCAGCAGCGUCAACGGGGCUAACGGCGCGGAAACGACCUCGAGCAGCGGCGCCGGCAACAGCGCGACAACGCCCGUGGCUUACUAUCGGGUCUCGUGCAGCGACGACUCGGACAGCGACCGCGACGCCGCCGUCGAUCUCUGCGGCGGCUCGCCCCGCUUCAGGCGGAAGAAUCGACGCAAGUGUCGCAGCGCCUACGAGCGAAGUGCCGCCAGUGCUCAUUGCCACGAGGACGACGAGACCAACUACGUCGACACCUUGCCCGAGAACGCGAGGCUCGUCGAAGUGACGUCCAACAUCUGGGGAACCAAGUUCAAAUUUCACGGUCUCGCCGACUCCAUGCCGGCGAAUCUGGGCCGGGUGACUUACAGGCCGUCUCUGCUGCAUCUGCAGCCGAGGCAAAUGACCCUCGUGAUCACCGAGCUGAGGGACGACCUGCCAGCCGGGCCAGACCCCAACUUCAAUCCGAAUCUCUUCUCCGAGGACGAGGAGGACUCGAUCAAUCAAUCGGACGCGUCGCCGGCCCAGUCGAGCGCUCGGAUCAUAAGCUCGGGUCCUCUGCGCUGCAUGAACGCGCUGGUCGAUCAGCACCGGCCCCAGUCGCCGCCCAUAGCCCCGAUGACGCCGCGGGUGGCGCGCUCCAGACCGAAGCAGCAGCCGCCGCCCCCGCCACCGGCCCAUCAGGUGGCGCAGCCGAGGCCGCCGCAGCUUCAGGUGGCCGAGAGUCGAGCCAUGGCCAGCGAGGACGACUACCCCUACGAUCAGCACCCGCUGCUGAAUUACAACGGGCCCGGGGGAGCCUACCACCACCAUCAUCAUCACCAUCACCACAGGUCGACGUACGCGCCGAGGUGCUGCGACGUUCCGGCCCUGCAGUCGCCGAAGAACGCGGUGGCGCCGACCCAGACCCUCAUAGCCACGGCCAGCCCGAGCCCGGCCACCAUCGGCGAGUACGCCAGCGGCGUGCAGCGCAUGAAGUCCGCCCUGGCCGACUACCAGCCCGGCGCUUUGACCAAGAAGGAGCUGGAUAUGAGCAACGCCGGCCAAGCAGCCUCGCCGACCUCCAAGCUGCAGCAGCAGCACUACAGCCACGUGAGCGAGGACAGCAAGUACGUGGCUUCGAACGGCUCGACGGGCUCUUGCCUUCACCAGUCCACGCAGCCACCGACUCCUCCGCACUUGAACUCCGCUUACGCGAACGCCCCUGCCGGUCUGAACGAUUGUGCCACGGCUCCUCUUCAGUACGGCAUACCGCUCAGUGCCAAGGCGAACAACGGCCCGGUUUUGCGUCGCGAACUGGCCAAGGAAGCGGCUAGAAGCGAUCCUACGGAUGCAUCGGACGUCAACGUCUCGGGCGCCGAGGGAGAGGAGAGCAAAAACGAACUGCCCGCGCUCAAAAGCCAGUACCAGCUUCACGCGCCGACCGUGGUGAGCAUCAAUCCCACCCAGGUGUCCUCCAACUCGAUUGUUCGCAGCUGCAGCGUCGGCUACCUGGACCUCGUCGACGCCCAGAUCGUCCCCUGCGAGAUGGCCCUCAACAUGCUUCGCAGAGACGCGCCCAACAAGCGGCUGUUCCUCGUCUCGAGGAAGAACAAACUCAGAAGGCCCAACAACAAGGAUCAAUCUCUGUCGGAUGCGGCUGACGCCGGUGCCAAUGUCUCGGUGGUGGUCACGCAUCGCCGGACCCGUCAGCGUUUGAGCGAUUGCGGCAAAUCCCGAAGCCUCGACUCGAGCGAAUUGUUCCCGUGCAACGAGCAGAUGAUCCAAGUCCCGCCACGCCUCACCGAGGAAACGACCGUCGGCGGCAACGGCAACUCCGACGAGCCCGCCGAUAACGAGAUCAACGGAGGCAACGCGAACGAGACGAGUCGUUGCGUCGCCUGCCCGAUGCAGACAGUCAGCACAGAAGUGGCCGAAAACGAGCUUAACGUACGCAAGGAAGAAGUUAUGAGCGAAGAAUUGCAAGCGCGCCGCUUGGAGCAGCAAAGAAAAAAUGCAAAAAUACCUACGAACAUUGACUUGAACUCGUGUCUGUCGCCGGUCAAGGGCUUCAAUGGAAACGCCUCGACGACGUCGUCCUUGGAGUGCUUGACGUCGAGGCUCGAUAAUUUGGCUGUAAAACUCGGCGACUAUGAAGACUGCCGCUCUUUGCCACCGCCAUCUCCACGACCUACGAGCAGACUGCCAAGGAGCUCGCCAAACAGUCCAACUCCGUCGAAGAAGGGUAAGAGACCUGCGUCGGCUUCGCCGAUUCGAAGAAGAUUAUUAUCGAGUCCACUGCUGGGUAGAAAAUCUCGUAAAAACCGUAACGAGAGUUCCGACGAGGAAGACAUUGGAAAUUACCGCGAUCUCGAGACUUUCCAAAAAGCUCAAAUGCGCCAGAAGCUGAGGCAGAGGGCCGGUCAAUACGCCUCCGAGUCCGACGCGACCAAGAGGGAAAUCAUAAUGCACAAUAAAGCCCCCAUGUGGAACGAGGCUAAUCAAGUUUACCAGCUAGACUUCGGGGGUCGAGUCACUCAAGAGAGUGCGAAAAAUUUCCAAAUCGAAUUCCGAGGCAAUCAGGUGAUGCAGUUUGGCAGAAUACAGGGCAACGCAUACACACUCGAUUUUCAAUAUCCUUUUAGCGCCAUUCAAGCAUUUGCUGUUGCUUUGGCUAGUGUUACCCAAAGGCUCAAGUAAGAGCUUGGUUAUGUAUACACAGUUUUUCCAUUCGUUUUAUUACUUCACGAGAAAUCAUAAAUUAACGAAAAUUGCAAAAUAUUUUUCAUGGAUAUUCUUCUUAACUGUGUCUUCUCAUGCUGAAAAUAAAUGCAUACGUUCCGUCUGUUUCACAUUUUCCGUCGGUGUAUGUAUCAUAAACGAUAAUUAAUCAAAAAUUAUGAUACACGUGAUGUAUACGUUGGUAAUAUAAUUCAGGAUUCAAUAUUCAAAACUAAGAAAAAACACAGUACACAAAGUAAGCGAUGUCACAAACGUUGUACUAUAUGCAAUUCAUUUAAUUUGUGGAAUUCCUUUAACCUAAAUACCAUUACAAUCAAUUUAUUCAAAUCUCUCUAUUUGUAAACUCUAUUUGCAUACUUGUUAAGCAAAUAAAAUUUAUUUUUACACUAUAUUAAAUAGUUCAAAAGAAUGAAACGAAAUAAUAAUAAUCCAUUUAUAAAUGAAAAAUUCAUUUAUUUAAAUUUUGGUAUCGAAGUUUUACUAAUACAAAAAAUGAAAUACAGAAAAACAACAGUUUUCUAUGUAUUCAUGUGAAAGUUUAUUAGAUAAAAUGUCCAAUGGAUAAAAAUAUAGAUAUCAUACAAAUUACGAUAAAAAAAUUUACUUCGCUUCUGUCUGUAAAUAUACGAAAACAUUACUACUUAAUUAGUAGAAUUUAGCUUUUAUUUAUUACAUACAUUACCGUCCAAAUGCAUUUGUGAGAAAUUUUGAUGAGAUACCAGAGCAAGGAAAAUAAUAAAAAAAUUUCAUCUUGUGCUCGUAAUUUAUAAUUUUUGCAAAAUAUUUCUUAAAGGAGCAACGCGAACGUGAAGAGAAAAACUAUACAGAGGCACUACCAAUGCUCUGUUGAUAAAUAUUUAGUAAAAACAAUUACGAAGCACAAGUGGGAAUAUUUCCAUUCUUACUUUGGCUCAUAACAUCCCAUAAAAAACACUCUGUAAAUAAAAACCAUUCAACAUUUUUAAGUUUGUAGUCUCGUUUAACGUAACAACAUCUAAUGUUAUUAAAUAAAUCUAUUUUUAGACGUUGUUUGGCAGCAAAAUCCUCAAUUGUUCGAUUAAAAAUUACCAAAACCAGGUAUUUUUUCCAUUCAGGCAUAACUUGUCACUUUAUGUGCUUAACAAAAAAGUAAGCUUUAAAAUGCCAAUAAGAUGACAUUUGUAAAUACAAAAAUAAUUAUUUAUUGUAAUUAAAACACGAUUAACAUUAUUCCAGCAUUUUAUGUAAAAAAAGUUGAAUCCUGUAAUAUAGAUUGGUGGUUGUGUGCAUGUGGAUUUCUCGUUUGAAAAUAAAUGCUUUUACGUGUAGGAAAGCUUUAGAAAUUCAAAAACAGCCGAAACGAAUAUAUUAUGGUUCAUUGAUUUAACAAUCAUAAUGAAAAAGCAAAGUUUCAGUACAAUUUUUAUCGAUGUGCUAAAAAAAUCAGUACGUUUUGUACUACAGGCAAAAAAUGUUCUUUAGAAGUACAAUUAAUUAUUGUAUAUAAAGGUUUGCAAAUUUAUAAAUUGAUAGAUUUUAUAUUGGAAAAUUUACAAACGAUCUAAGAUUUCGGAUAUUGUGCAAUAUGGAAUUUUCAUGUAAAAAAUGAUAAGUUUGUGUAAAUGUUAACACAGAAAUCCGAUUUAUAUAGAAAAGAAAUUGUGAAAUGUAUAAGAAAAAUCAUGACUGAUGAAAUGUAUUAUAUAUAUUGUACUUAUAGCACGAUGAUAUAUUAUUAUAAUUUAAUAACUACACGUAUGGUAUUGUUGUUUUUAUUGUAAGAACAAAGGCCUUGUUAUCACUCAGUUUAUUAUAUAUACGCUAUGAAAUUUACCAAAAAUUGUCUAGAUAACGUGCAAUAAACUUUUGUUACUAAAUGUGCAUUCAUAAUAAAAUUUGUAAAUAAACGUUUACCGUAAAUGAUA